GACACAACAGCAGGUCGAGACGUCUCUGUCAACUCCAGGAGGGAAAACUGGGCUCCAAACAGAGAGGAGGAGAGACACCGAGCUCUGACUGCACCCCGGAAGUCAUCAUUCAGUCACUUAAACUUUGUUUUCCUUGUUGACACUUUGGGACACGGAGAGGAGUGACAGGAUUUGUGGAGAAUAUUAAAGGCUUUCCUGGUUCCUAAGUCUCCACGCUCACCUGAACAUGGCUUCAACGACCUGCACGAGGUUUACCGAUGAGUACCAGCUCUACGAGGAGCUGGGGAAGGGAGCGUUCUCAGUGGUGAGACGUUGCAUGAAGAUUUCCACAGGGCAGGAAUACGCCGCCAAAAUAAUCAACACUAAGAAGUUGUCUGCCAGAGAUCACCAGAAGCUGGAGCGAGAGGCCCGGAUCUGCCGCCUGCUCAAGCAUCCCAACAUCGUUCGGCUUCACGACAGCAUAUCAGAGGAAGGAUUCCACUAUCUGGUCUUUGACUUAGUGACCGGUGGUGAGCUGUUUGAGGAUAUCGUUGCUAGAGAGUACUACAGUGAAGCUGAUGCCAGUCACUGCAUACAGCAGAUUCUAGAAAGUGUAAAUCACUGCCACAUUAAUGGCAUAGUUCACAGGGACCUAAAGCCGGAGAAUUUGCUCCUCGCCAGCAAGUUGAAGGGAGCGGCGGUCAAACUGGCAGACUUCGGCCUCGCCAUUGAAGUGCAGGGAGACCAGCAGGCAUGGUUUGGUUUUGCUGGCACUCCAGGAUACCUGUCCCCAGAGGUGCUGAGGAAAGAUCCCUAUGGAAAGCCGGUGGACAUGUGGGCCUGUGGUGUGAUCCUCUACAUCCUUCUGGUGGGAUAUCCUCCAUUCUGGGACGAGGACCAACACAGACUCUACCAGCAGAUUAAAGCUGGAGCUUAUGACUUCCCAUCUCCUGAGUGGGACACGGUGACUCCAGAGGCCAAAGACCUGAUCAACAAGAUGCUGACCAUCAACCCGGCCAAGAGAGUGACGGCUACAGACGCUCUCAAACACCCCUGGAUCUGCCAACGCUCCACUGUGGCAUCCAUGAUGCACAGACAGGAGACCGUGGAGUGCCUGAAGAAAUUCAAUGCCAGAAGGAAACUAAAGGGUGCUAUCCUCACCACUAUGCUCGCCACUCGCAACUUCUCAGCAGCCAAGAGUUUGCUGAACAAGAAACCAGAUGGUGUCAAAGAGUCCAGUGAGAGUGCCAACACCACCAUCGAAGACGAGGAUGUGAGAGCUCGUAAACAGGAGAUCAUUAAAGUCACCGAGCAGCUGAUUGAGGCCAUCAACAAUGGAGACUUUGAGGCCUACACGAAGAUUUGUGACCCCGGCCUCACGUCCUUUGAGCCCGAGGCGUUGGGCAACCUGGUGGAGGGAACAGACUUCCACCGCUUCUACUUUGAGAAUGCUCUGGCCAAAGGGAAACUGCCCAUCCACACCAUCCUGCUCAACCCCCACGUGCACCUGAUCGGUGACGAGGCCGCCUGCAUUGCCUACAUCCGCCUCACCCAGUACAUCGACAGAGACGGCAUGCCCCGCACCAUGCAGUCAGAGGAGACCCGCAUCUGGCACCGCCGAGACAGCAAGUGGCAGAACAUCCACUUCCACCGCUCCGGCUCGCCCACUGUGCCCACCAAUUGAGAAGACGAUUUUUGACUACAAACACCCUCCAGCCUACAGCAGCCAGCUGAACAGACCCCGCCCACCAAGUGUCCAACAGUUCCUUCAGCCAAUCCCUGCCCAUGAUAGCUAGAGCUCCGCCCACUCAGUGUGUUGUUUACAUAUUGUCGCUGCUGGACUGAAGAUUCUUGUACUGGAGAAAAGCAAACCUUAACCAUGGGAGUAAAGUCUUGAUUUUGUCA